ACCGUUAACAGAGAGAGAGAGAGAGAGAGAGAGAGAGAGAGAGAGAGAUGGGUUCCCUUCCUCACGUAGUGGAAGAUUGCUUGGGCGUCCUCCAAGUCUUCAGCGACGGCUCCAUCUACCGGGCCGACGAGAUCGACUUCAGGAACAUCUUCGUCAUCGAAAACAAGUCCAUUGUCCUCAAGGACUACCUCUAUGACAAAGAGCACAGCCUCUCCCUCCGCCUCUACAGACCCACCUCGCCCCCACCAUCGGGUAAGCUCCCCGUCGUCUACUACCUCCACGGCGGCGGCUUCUGCGUGGGGUCGCGCCUGUGGCCCAACUGCCACAACUGCUGCACCCGCCUUGCCUCCGGCCUCGGGGCCCUGGUGAUCUCCCCGGACUACCGCCUCGCGCCAGAGCACCGGCUCCCGGCAGCUGUGGACGACGCGCACGGCGCAUUGGAGUGGCUCCAAAGCAAGGCCAAGAGCGAGGACGUCGAUGGGUGGUUAGAUCUCAAGGCGGUGGACUUUGGCCGGGUUUACAUACUAGGGGACUCGUCCGGGGGGAACAUCGCGCACCACCUGGCGGUCAAUCUAGGGUUCGGCUCGCCGAAGUUGGCCCCGGUCCAGGUGCAGGGCUACGUGCUGCUCGCGCCGUUCUUCGGCGGGGUCACCAGGACCGAGUCGGAAGAGGGACCAUGCGAAGGCUUGCUAAAUCUAGAGAUACUUGACAGAUUUUGGAGGCUAUCGGUGCCAAGUGGAGGAGAUAGAGACCACCCAUUGGCCAACCCGUUUGGACCAUCAAGCGCUAGCCUUGAGGCAGUGGCGCUCGACCCCAUCUUGGUGAUAGUUGGUGGGAAUGAGAUGUUGAAAGAUAGAGUGCAAGACUAUGCAGCGAGGCUCAAAGGGAUGGGGAAGAAUGUUAAGUAUGUGGAGUACGGGGGAAGGCAGCAUGGGUUCUUCACGAACGAUGCGUACUCGGAUGUUGGGAAUCAAGUCAUACAGGACAUUAAGAAGUUCAUGCUCGAGAGCUCCGACUAAUCAAAAUUAGGAGAGGAUCGUCAACGUUGUUCAUUUUGAGAUUUGCAAAGAAAGUGCGUGCAAUACUGGGUAGAGGGUGUGGUCUGUAAUCAAGUUAUUUAGCCUCUAUGUAGGAGGGUUUUCCCUUUCUCUUUUCACUUGUCUCUUAGCAAGUUUUCUUGCGGUUUGUACAAUAGUAUAGAUGAUGGGUUAUGAUAAAGUUGGCAACGAAAGGAUCUCACAAAUGUAAUGCUGGUUAUUCGAUACCAAUAAAACGGAAAAGGAAAGGUUUGCGAUGCAAA